AUGUGGAAAUGCUCGGUUGGAGGAGCGCUGGUUGCACACGUGAAAUUUCCGCCCGACUACCCGUACUCGCCGCCGUCGGUGCGGUUCCUGACCAAAGUGUGGCACCCCAACGUCUACGAGAACGGCGACCUGUGCAUCUCCAUCCUCCACCCGCCCGUGGACGACCCUCAGAGCGGGGAGCUGCCGUGCGAGCGCUGGAACCCCACGCAGAAUGUGCGCACAGUUUUGCUGUCGGUGAUCUCCUUGCUAAAUGAACCCAACACAUAUUCUCCUGCCAACGUUGAUGCCUCGGUCAUGUAUCGCCGCUGGAGGGAUUCUAAGGGCAAGGACAAGGAAUAUGAAAAUAUAAUCAGGAAACAAGUGACUUCAUCGCGCAGUGAGGCUGAGCGUGACGGCGUCGUAGUUCCACUGACUCUAGAAGAUUACUGUAUCAAGACCAAGGUCAAGCCUGAUACAGAACCCGUAGAUAUGGCGGACUUCUAUGACGACGACUAUGAUAUUGAUGAUGACGAUGAUGAUGAUGAGGAGCUUUCAGAUAAUGGUAAGCAUGGUGGCUUGUUGUCGUAG